AGAGGAGGGAAGAUCAACAACUGUUGUGUUUACUUGGUGUUCCCCUGAGUUUCCUUCCGGGUCACCACCCACAUUUACUUCCCGAUUCCUGGCAAUAUGGCGGGCCCUGUUCAAUAGGAUCUGUUGCUGUUGGACGAGCCUGAAACAAUAAUAUUCCAGCCAAUCUGCUGGGGAAGAAGAAAAAAUAAAUCAACGUGGUCCGCAGUCAUGCAACGAAAGCGACCCUUCCACUGACUGACGGUGAACGGACCAAGUUUGACGGCCGUGCCUGGAGAGGAGGCGUUGGGAUCAGUGCUGCGAGUGGAAAAUGGCCCCGGUUCAGGUGGAGAGUUCCCAGCUGGUGUCUGGGGGCGGCCCGACCUCGGGGCCGGCGGCUGCAGCCGCCGCCGCCGCCGUGGCCGCCAACCCGGGAGUCCGCCUCAGCAUGUUGAUCGAUUUCCUGCUGCAGAGAACCUACCAUGAAAUCACGGUGCUGGCUGAUCUGUUACCUCGCAAGACUGACAUGGAACGGAAAAUUGAAAUAGUUCAGUUUGCAAGCCGAACACGUCAACUUUUUGUUCGUUUGUUGGCAUUGGUAAAAUGGGCAAGUAAUGCUGGAAAGGUGGAAAAAUGUGCGAUGAUAUCAAAUUUCUUAGAUCAGCAGGCUUUCAUCUUUGUUGACACUGCUGAUCGAAUGGCAUCAUUGGCUAGGGAUGCUCUGGUUCAUGCUCGCCUACCAAGCUUUGCAAUUCCAUUUGCCAUUGAUGUCCUUACAACAGGAUCAUACCCUCGCCUGCCUACUUGUAUUCGGGAUAAAAUCAUUCCUCCAAAUCCAAUUACAAAAAGUGAGAAGCAAUCCACACUACAUCAGCUUAAUCAGAUUUUGAGACAUCGACUUGUGACAACAGAUCUGCCUCCACAGUUGGCAAACCUUACAGUUGCUAAUGGACGUGUUAAGUUUCGUGUUGAAGGUGAAUUUGAAGCUACACUUACAGUGAUGGGCGAUGAUCCUGAAAUUCCCUGGCGACUCCUCAAGCUGGAAAUACUAGUCGAAGAUAAGGAAACAGGAGAUGGUCGUGCGCUGGUUCAUAGUAUGCAGAUCAAUUUCAUUCAUCGGCUGGUACAGUCCAGACUAUUUGCUGAUGAGAAACCUCUACAAGACAUGUACAACUGUUUACACUCAUUCUGUUUGUCAUUGCAACUGGAAGUUUUACACUCGCAGGCACAGAUGCUAAUCCGUGAACGUUGGGGUGAUCUUGUUCAGGUCGAACGGUAUCAACCUGGAAAGUGCCUGACUUUGGUUGUUUGGAACCAGCAAGUCUUGGGAAGGAAGACGGGCAGUGCUUCUGUUCACAAGGUCAUGAUAAAGAUUGAUGAGAAUGACUGCUCAAAACCAUUACAAAUAUCUCAUGAUCCACCAUUGCCAGCUGGUGAUUCUAAAUUAAUAGAACGUGCUAUGAAGGUUGACCACCUUUCUGUAGAGAAGCUUUUGAUUGACAGUGUCCACGCACGUUCACAUCAGAAACUACAGGAGCUGAAAGCCAUUCUGAAGAGCUAUAAUCAUAAUGAUAACUCCUUUAUUGAGACAGCCCUGCCAACACUGGUAAUUCCAGUCUUGGAACCUUGUGGUCGAUCUGAAUGUCUUCAUAUUUUUGUGGAUCUGCAUUCAGGAAUGUUUCAACCUAUGUUAUAUGGGAUUGACCAGUCUACAUUAGACGAUAUUGAAAAGUCCAUCAAUGAUGAGAUGAAGCGAAUUAUCCCUUGGCUUCAGCAACUGAAGUUUUGGCUUGGACAACAACGUUGCAGACAGUCUGUGAAGCACCUUCCCACCAUCUGCAGUGAGACAUUACAUCUUUCAAAUAUUUCCUCUCAUCCAGUUGGAAACCUCUCAAAACACAAACUGUUCAUCAAGCUAACACGUCUUCCUCAGUAUUAUAUUGUUGUGGAAAUGGAAGAUAAGCCAGGAUGCCCUGUAGACUUGCAGUAUAAAUAUUAUUUUCUCUCUCUAAGUCAAGGGCUAACUGAUCCAGAUGAUUGUCCUCCCACUGCACUACUUUUGCAACAGUUCAAACCAAACAUUGAGGACCUAGUGCUGAAUGUGAAAGCUGGGAAGCAUGCCAAGGCUGGGGACAAGCACAAGCUGUUGGCUGAUCAAGGACCUACAGAAGCGAAAAAACCCAAGAGGACAGGGGAAAUGUGUGCCUUUAAUAAGGUCCUAGCACACCUUGUAGCAAUGUGUGACACAAACAUGCCCUUUAUUGGACUUCGUUGUGAGCUUUCUGCUAUGGAGAUUCCUCACCAAGGAGUUCAAGUGGAAGGAGAUAGCUGCAGUCAUGCUAUACGCAUACUGAGGAUUCCUAUAUGUACAAGCGUCAGUGAAGAGACGCAGAAGGCCUUAGACCGAUCUUUGUUGGAUUGUACUUUCCGAUUGCAAGGAAGAAAUAAUCGGACAUGGGUGGCAGAAUUGGUGUUUGCUAAUUGCCCUCUUAACAGUACUUCAGCCAAAGAGCAAGGGUCAACGCGUCAUGUUUAUCUGACAUAUGAAAGCUUAUUAUCAGAACCCGUUGGAGGUCGCAAGGUGGUUGAGGCAUUCCUAAAUGAGUGGAAUAGCAUAGCCAAGCUCUAUGAUUGUGUUCUAGACUUUGCACGUUCCUUGCCAGAAAUACCAUCUCACCUUAAUCACUUCUCAGAGAUACGUGUCUAUAAUUACCGUAAGCUUAUCAUUUGCUAUGGAGCCACAAAGGGCAGCUCGAUAACUAUCCAGUGGAAUCCCACUCACCAGAAAUUCCACAUAUCAUUAGGAACAGUAGGUCCAAAUUCUGGCUGCAGUAACUGCCACAACAUCAUUCUCCAUCAGCUUCAGGAGAUGUUCAACAAAUCACCAAAUGUUGUACAGUUACUACAGAUAUUGUAUGAUACACAAGCACCACUCAAUGCCAUCAAUAAACUCCCAACAGUGCCAAUGUUGGGACUUACACAUCGAACAAAUACAGUCUAUCAGUGUUUUUCAAUACUACCGCAGUCACCCACACACAUCAGACUUGCCUUCCGUAAUAUGUACUGUAUUGACAUAUACUGUCGAAGUCGUGGUGUGGUAGCUAUCCGUGAUGGUGCCUACAGUCUUUUUGACAACAGUAAGAUCGUAGAAGGAUUCCAUCCAGCUCCAGGCUUAAAGACCUUUUUGAACAUGUUUGUAGACAGUACCCAAGAUGCACGUAGACGAUCAGUGAAUGAAGAUGACAACCCACCAUCUCCUAUUGGUGGAGACAUGAUUGAAUCAUUAAUGUCUCAACUUCAGUCGCAGCCACAGCAGUCUUUUGCCAAAUCUGGUACAACAGUUACAUACCCUCUGACAUCACCGCCUACAUCCUACCACAAUACAGUGACUCCAUCACAACAAAUACUGCCUACGCAAUCACCUGGGAAUUUACAUCCAGCAAAUUCCCCAAGUGGUGCAAUUCGAGCACCCUCACCAGCAUCAUUUGCACCCUCUCCAUCUCCAUCUUCCCUUGGAAUUACAAUGGGACCGACACCAAACUUUGCAAGUCCACAUGGAACAAUUGAUCCGAGUUCACCUUAUUCAAUGAUGUCACCCAGUCAGCGUCCUGGAAACUGGCCUGGAUCUCCACAGUUACCUGGAUCAACUUUAGCACGCAUUCCUGGAAUGUCUCCAGCAAAUCCAUCCUUGCACUCCCCAAUCCCUGAUGUAUCUCACUCCCCAAGAGCUGGAACAAGUACUCAAAUAAUGCCGACGAACAUGCCCCCUCCUCGUACAUUACCUCAGCGUUCAUGGGCUGCAUCGAUACCUACCAUCUUAACCCAUAAUGCCUUGCACAUUCUCCUUUGUCCAUCACCAACACCAGGUCUUGUCCCAGGACUGGCUGGAAGUUACCUUUGCUCCCCAUUGGAGCGAUUCUUAGGAUCAGUUAUGAUGAGGCGACACUUGCAGAGGAUCAUACAACAGGAACCAUUGCAGCUUAUAAACUCCAAUGAACCUGGUGUGAUCAUGUUUAAGACUGAAGCACUGAAGUGUCGAGUAGCACUGAACCCACAGACAUAUCAGACUUUGCAGUUCAAAGUAACACCUGAAACAGCGGACCCAUGGAUGCAAGAAGAACUACAAGUUUUAGAAAAGUUCUUUGAAACAAGAGUUGCUGGUCCACCAUUUAAAGCCAAUACACUAAAUGCCUUUGCCAAGCUACUGGGAGCUCCCACACACAUCCUGAGGGAUUGUGUGCGCAUCAUGAAACUAGAACUGUUUCCUGAUCAAGCCAACCAGCUAAGAUGGAAUGUGCAGUUCUGCUUGACAAUUCCUCCCAGUGCUCCUCCAAUUGCUCCUCCAGGAACACCUGCAGUGGUGCUAAAAUCCAAGAUGCUGUUCUUUCUGCAACUCACUCAACGACUAACAGUUCCACAAGAACCAAUCAGCAUUAUCGUGCCAAUUGUCUACGAUAUGGCAACAGGAGCAACGCAGCAAGCUGAUAUUCCAAGACCACAGAAUACAUCUGGAGCAGCUGCUUCGAUGGUUAGCAACAUUUUGAGGAGGUUUUCAGAGGUGCACCAACCACCACAGGGUGACUGUACAAUCUAUGCUGCCGUGAGGGAAUUGAUGGCAAACCUAACACUGCCCCCUGGGGGUCGACAAUGAUGCUCCACAAUCUGCUUUCAUGGUUUUAUGGAGAAGACUUUGUGCAACAUAAUUAUUUGGACAGUUUGUGAUGCAAAACAAAAUUAAGGAUUCUUAGUAUUGUGCUCUAAUAUGAGUUAAGAGCAUGAUUUAUUCUUCAGGGAUUCACUUCUUCCAACAAAAGAUACAUCAGUUUGUAUACUUGCUGUUAUAUAGUGUAUUUUAUAAACUGCAUUUCAAGAAAAAUAUAAAAUCUGGAAAAUUCCUGUUUGAGUUAGAAUUAACCAUAGUUGUAAUAUUAACAAGGAAAGGCUUAGGUUAUGAUGAUGCCCAAAGAUAUGAUUUUUUUUUUUAGAGAACACAAAUGUGUCAGUUUUCAUAUGUUCUGCCAUAGUAGUUUAAGUUUCAUUUGUCCUCAUACUUAUUUGUUAUAUUGAUGGUUGGUGUAAUGUAAAAUGUGAAACUUUAAUGGAGCUGUAUUUUAUUAUGACUGCUUUAAAUCUUUACAGAAAAUUUGGGUCCUUUGAUAUUGACUCAGAAACAAUAUUUAAUAAACAAGUAAAUCAAACAAUCAUUCCUUGUAAUAUCAUAUUCUCUAGUUUUAACAGCUAUGUAUAAUGGCAAAAUUUGGUUAUGUAUUACACUAGUUUUCACCUUAUUCUCCCCAUUCAUUGCCUUGUCUAAAUUUUUUUGAAGUUAUGUUUUUUGCUGCUUUUUAUUUACAACAACCUUAUGACAGAAAGUAACUUCAAACCAGUUACAUAGUGUUAAUAUUAUUAAGGUUUAUGUACCAAUAAUGUUUUACUUUUAGUCAUAUUUUGUUUAAUAAUGAAUUUUAAAUGAAUUAUUGGAAUUUUAACAAUGUUUUGUAUUGUGUCUCCUAUAUAACUUUGAAUGAACUUUCAUUCAAAUACACAUUCUGACUAUCAUUACAUCUGUCUCACUUUUGGAGAUUAAGGCAUGUAGAAGUGGAAACGUGAAAAUCUGGCUCAGUGGAGUAAGCAAAGAAAAAAGCAGAUUUAAUGUGUGCAGCAAUAGUUAGUAGUACCAAUCUGUCUCUUCCCACCCCAAAUUCCCAGAAAAUAUCAGCAUACCUAUUAAUGUGAUCAGUGUUAUGCAUUAGACAAGCUGGGGUUUAUCAUUAACGUGUAAAGCAUUAAAAUCAAUAUUGGGUACAGGAAACUGCAAAAUGCUUAACAGUAAAAUAAGGUGCUGUAGCUCUUACUCAUGCUGAUUUUCAUUGAAAAUGCAGAACUCCAAAAACUGUGUUGGGCAGAAAAUCAAAGUGGAAGAUAGCAGUUAUAUGUUUGGUGCUGCACCAUUUGAUUAUUCCAUUGUGUUGGAGAUCACAUUGAGAGCCAUAAAUCUAAAUAGCAAGUUUAAACAAGUCCAUGCAAGUCUUUGGAACUGUGAAGGAGGAUGUGAAUAUCCAGACAUUUGCUGUGCUUUCAAUAAAAUGUGACAAAAAAAAAGUGCAGUGCACAAAACAACCAGAGUGUCACUGAGAAACCUGACUCACUGGAGAGACACGUGCAAGGAAAGUAUGUUUGG